AUGAGGUUGUCCAGCAGCCUUCUAGCUGUUGCGGCAUACGGAUCGUUGAGCCAGAUAAAGAAGCAUGAAAAUAAAAUAGAAACAAUUGAAGAUUACUCGCGAGUGAACGCACUCGGCCUCAAAGUUAACAUUGACGAAGAUGGAAAAGCUACUGGCGAUUUCUACAGGGAUUCAGGCAAUUAUAUCGAUCCACUCAAAAAGGGUGAGUACACUCUUGUUGAAUUCGACUUCCACCAUAAUCAGCUCCAAUCAUCUGUCAAGAUGGGAGGAAUCGACACAGAGAUUCACGAAGAAUAUGGAACCAAGCAUCCACUUGAGUUCACUCAUUUUCAAAUCAACGGUCUUGAUGGUACAGUCAGCGAUGUCUUCAUUAACGGUAAAGCGCUAGAAAAAGAAGCAUGGGAACAAAAAGAAUCAAAAAGACUGGUCAUCAAGGAUGGAUUCGUCAAACUGAGCAUAAUCCAACAGUUUGAUAUCAGCAUAGUGGUCGGAGAUGUCAACGAUCGAGUUGACUGUACUCCAGGCCAAAAAGACAUUGGUCCAGAUGAAUGUGCCGAAAGAGGAUGCACUUGGUCAGAAUUACCAUCAACACCCGAUGCUCCUUCGUGUUUUCAUAAUUCUUCGAUAAUUAACCACGGAUACAUAUCUUCGAAAUUCGGAGCUUUGACUAGCCCCAGCGAGUCCUUUUCACUCAACAGACCUGCUGAGCUCAAUUCUAUCAGCAAAUUCUCGGAACCUGUUACAAAUCCCCAAGUCACUAUGGUAAAGCUGUCGAAAAACGCUUUCCGAAUGAAGAUUUCCGCCGAGGGUCGAUUCGAAAUCCCAGAUGAAGCUGAAAUUCAUCAACUCCCAUUUGAGGGCACUACAUCUGAAUCUGAUUAUUCUGUUGAAUACGGACAUGUCAACGACCGAUUUUUCUUUAAAAUUUCUCGAGAUGGACAAGAUUUAAUCGACUCUUCUCAUGGCCCGUUGAUCUUUGAAGAUCAAUAUUUGGAGACCAGCUUCGCUCUCGGAUCCUCCAAUUGCUACGGUCUCGGUGAACAUAAUCACCGACGAUUUAGACACAGUCUUAAUUGGUAUCGAUGGCCGAUGUUUACUCGAGAUAAUGCUUUGACGUUUGGCGAAAAGAACCUCUACGGCGCUCAGCCAUUUUUCAUGUGCGGCGAGGGCAAUUCCUUCUUUGGGGUUUACUUUCACAACUCGAACGCUCAGGAGGCCCAGUUCUCUCCGAAACCGGCGAUUACCUGGCGCUCAACUGGAGGCAUUUUUGACAUUUCGAUCGUUGUGGCUGAUUCUGCUGAAGAACUCGUUCAAGUUUACACAUCUCAAAUCGUAGGAAAGCCAUUUUUGCCUCCCCAAUGGUCUCUAGGAUUUCAUCUCAGUCGGUGGGGAUACAACUCUGUCGAUGAAAUGAAAAAAGUUGUCAAUGAAAUGAUCGCUGCUAAAAUCCCACUUGAGGCCCAAUAUGCUGACAUUGACUACAUGGAUGGAAAGAAAGACUUCACCAUCGAUCCGGAUAAAUUUAGCGGACUAGCUGAUUUCGCAAAAGAACUUUUGGAAGAUCACAACAUGCACUUCAUCCUUAUUCUUGAUCCUGCAAUUGCGAAUAUUAACCCUGAUACGAAGAAAGAGUACACUGAGGCCGAGUAUCCAUCUUACGCAAGAGCCAAAGCGGCUGAUGUCUGGAUAAGAAAUCCUGACGGAACUCCUGCUCAAGCUAGAGUCUGGCCUGGUUUGACUCUUUUCCCUGAUUUCACGGAUAUAAACAAAACUGAGCCGUGGUGGACUGAUGAAUGCCGAAGAUUUCUUGAUGAUGAAGGUGUCAAUUUUGCUGCUCUCUGGAUUGACAUGAAUGAACCAAGCAAUUUCAACAAUGCCCGAGAUGAUCCUCCUCAACAAUGCCUGGAUAAAUGGAGCAACCCGCCUUUCAUUCCUAACAUUCUUGGUGCAGAAAAAGGUCUUUUUGCGGGGACACUUUGUAUGGAUGGAGUUCAGGCUUGGGGAAAACACUAUGAUGUGCAUUCACUUUACGGCCAUUCGAUGAAUCUGGUGACGGAUAAAACUUUAAAAGCAUUGUACCCCGAUAGACGAAGCUUUAUUCUGACCAGAUCGCAGUUUGCCGGUACCGGCCGUGUUGCAGGUCACUGGUUCGGCGACAAUCAAAGUACGUGGUCCCAGAUGAAAUGGAGUAUCAUCAGCAUGCUUGAGUACUCGCUCUUUGGUUUUGCUUUUACUGGAGCUGAUAUUUGCGGAUUUUUUCUCCAGACAACUCCACAAUUGUGUCAGCGAUGGCAGCAGCUUGGAGCCUUUUACCCUUACUCGAGAAAUCAUAAUGCAAUUGGAUGGGCUGACCAGCAUCCGACCGCUUUUGACGAUGACAUGAUCGAAUCGACGCGAAAUGCACUUCUUAUCAGAUACUCCCUUAUUCCAAGUUUGAUAACUAUUAUGUACGAGUCUAAUCAGUUUGGCAGUACAACUGUACGAUCGUUGAUGGCCGAAUUCCCUUUUGACAGGAACGCAGCUGACUGCUCGGACCAAUUUCUUUGGGGACGUGGCUUCAUGAUCGCCCCGGUGCUGGAAGAAAAUGCAGUCAGUCGAGCUGUCUACUUCCCCGCUAACGCGUCCUGGUAUGAUUACCACAGUUACGAAGAAAUCGUUGGCUCAGGAAAGACAAAACUUAUCCAGGCAGACAUGAUGACGAUUCCUCUCUACGCCCGAGGCGGUACUUUCCUCACUUCUCAGACUCCGGAGGUAACAACUGUUGCUCAACGAUUCAAUCCAAUUACAAUCACUUACUUCAUGGACAAGGUCAAGCCAACAGAGCUUAGAGAAGGGGCGAUCUUCCGCGACAAUGGAGUGGGAUUACUCAAUGAAGAGGGAGACAAUUACAUGAAAUUCAAUUUCAACCCUAUCAAUGGUGAGUUCACUUCAUUCUGUACAAAACGCUGCGUUGCGGGUAAAGAAGACGAUCUUGACAUUGAAAAACUCGUCAUUGUUGGCGUUGAACGCCGCUUAACAACUGUUUUGGUCAAUGGUCAACCUGUCAGCUCGACUUUUUCCGGAAAUACAGUUACCAUUGAGUUGAGCGGAAUUAAAAUCAGUACCGAAUGGUCCAUUGUCAGUCCUGAUCUGAUUGUUGGUGUGGAAACAACAGCUACAUCUUCAACAACAACCUCCACCAUUGCGAGCACAACAACAGAUUCUGAUGAUGAAAACAGUGCUAGAUCUAACGGAAUUUUCACCUCUGUUUUGCUCAUCUUUUUAGCACAUUUUCUUGCAUAA